AUGGCCACUAACUACAGUGCCAACCAAUAUGAAAAAGCUUUCUCACCCAAGUAUCUGCAGAACUGGUCUCUCGCCAAGCCAACAAAAGAGAGGAUUUCUUCCCAUGAAGGCUACACUCAGAUUAUCGCCAAUGAUCGUGGUCAUCUGUUGCCUUCAGUGCCCCGUUCCAAGGCAAGUCCUUGGGGUUCCUUCAUUGGCACCUGGCAAAUGCCUCUGAAGGUACCCCCUGCUCGGGUGACCCUGACCUCCCGUACAGCUGCUGGUGCUGCCUCCCUUACCAAAUGGAUACAGAAAAAUCCUGAUUUACUCAAGGCCUCCAAUGGGCUACAUCCUGAAAUCUUAGGCAAGCCCCGUGAUCCAGAUAGUCAGAAGAAACUUGAGAAGUCUAUCACAAAGACUGUACAGCAAGCACCAAGUCCAACCAUAAUCCUAAGCUCCCCAGAAUCAAAUCUCAAUUCCCCAGAUCAACUCCAAAGCUCACACCCCUCUGAAGGUCACACUCCGGGUCCCCAAAGCCCACCCAACUCUCCAAAGAGUCCACCUGGAAGCCCAUGUAUGCUAGAACACUGUGCAGGUCCUAAUUUAGCCGAGGUCCAGAAAUGCAAACCUGGAACUCCAUUAGGGACUAAGGGACCACACUGA